ACCAAUCGAAUACAAAGGCCCCAUGAGUGCUGUUUAUAUUGAGAAGUUUGUUCGCCGGGUGAUGAAACCACUUCUCUACAUCCCAUCUCAAUCAGAAUUGCUAGAUUUCCUCUCGAACUAUGAGCCUGGAGUACUCGGCUACUUUGAGUUCAGUGGCUCCCCUCAGCCCCCUGGUUACUUGACCUUCUUCACCUCAGCACUGCACUCUUUAAAGAAAGAUUACCUAGGAACAGUACGAUUUGGGGUUAUCACAAAUAAACAUCUUGCGAAACUGGUAUCCUUAGUACACUCUGGAAGUGUGUAUUUACAUAGACAUUUCAACACAUCACUUGUCUUCCCCAGGGAAGUAAUGAACUUCACAGCUGAGAACAUCUAUAAGUGGGCCUCAGAAAACCAGGAGACCCUGUUCCGAUGGCUACAGCCCCAUGGAGGCAAGAGUCUGCUGUUGAACAAUGAGCUGAAGAAAGGACCAGCACUCUUCCUAUUCAUACCUUUUGAUCCCUUAGCUGAGAGGCAUCCUCUCCUGGAUGAGAUCACCGAAGUGGCCUUGGAGUACAAUAACUGUUAUGGGGACCAGGUGGUGGAGCGCCUCCUUCAGCACCUUCGGCGGGUGGAGGCACCUGUGUUCCAAUCCCUGGCACCAGAGCUGCCAGCCCCAUUGCCUGAUGUUCAGCUGAUGGCAGCGUCCCCCUGCUGCAACACAGUGGUGCUGCCACAGGGGCCAGCCCUCUCCAGGACCCACAAUGUCUGUGAGCUAUGUGUCAACCAGACAGUGGGUGGUACCAAGCCAAGCUCAGUGAGCGUGCCACAGUGCAGCUUCUUCGAGAUGGCAGCUGCUCUGGAUUCUUUCUACCUCAAGGAGCAGACUUUUUAUCACAUGGUGUCGGGCAGCACAGAAUGCAGCAAUUUUUUAACCUCCUACAGCCCUUUCAGCUACUGCUCUGCAUGUUGCAGGACCAUAUCCCGGGGCAUGGCAAGCUUCACUGGCUCUGAACAGGAUGUUUUUACAGCCCCGGCUAUCACAUUCUCUUCCCUUGAGAAGAACUGUGAGGCUGCUGCCCCAAGCUCCAUUCCUCACAUUGAGGAGAACGGGUACCACCUCCCUGAAGUGGGCCUCACUAGCACAACCUUCACAGGCCUGAGCUGCAGAACCAACAAGACCCUGAAUAUCUACCUUUUGGAUUCCAAUUUAUUUUGGUUAUAUGCAGAGAGACUAGGUGCGCCAAGCUCUGCUCCUGUAAAGGAGUUUGCCACAAUUGUUGAUGUGAAAGAAGAAUCGCACUAUAUCUUGGACCCCAAACAAGCCCUCAUGAAGUUCACUCUAGAGUCUUUUAUUCAAAACUUCAGUGUUCUCUACAGUCCCUUGAAAAGGCAUCUUACUGGAAGUGAUUCUGCCCAGUUUCCGUCUCCCCAUUUAAUCACUGAAGUGACAACUGAUACCUUCUGGGAAGUAACCCUUCGGAAACAGGAUGUUCUACUGCUCUAUUACACAAAGUGGUGCGGCUUUUGCCCGUCUCUCAAUCACAUCUUCAUCCAGCUAGCUCGACUCCUGCCAGAAGAUACAUUUACUGUGGCUAGGAUUGAUGUGUCUCAGAAUGAUCUUCCUUGGGAAUUCAUGGUUGACCGUCUUCCUACUGUUUUGUUUUUUCCUUGCAAUAGAAAGGACCUAACUGUGAAAUACCCUGGAGACCUCCCCAUCACCCUUCCAAAUCUGUUGAGGUUCAUUCUGCAUCACUCAGACCCUGCCUUGGCCCCUCAGGACUUUGACAUCAGCCCUCCUACCCAAGAAUGUGUUCAGAAUGAGGCAGUCCUGCAGCAGGAACACAUCUCUCACGUGGAGAAUGCCAUGCAGAAGCUAAGAUCUGAGAUGAGCAGCCUACGCCGUACACAAGAGAAGGUAGAGGGCCGGCUUUUUAGUGCCCGCAGGGAUGGGCACCGCCUGCUACGCCGGCAGCGUGCUCUGGAGCAACAGCACAGGUUGCUCCGUCGCCACAGCCAGAAACUGCAGGCCCUAUAUGUGCAGAAGGCCCGUGAGCUUCAAGAGCUGGCCAGUGCCUCAGAGAACCCCCUCCCUGAGCACACAUGGCUCAAGAUCCUUGUGGCCACUAUGGAGAGGGAGCUGGAGGGCCAGGGUGAAGCUAAGGAACCAGCCCCUCUGGAAAAGGUUCACCCCAACCACGCUAAGUUACCUGGUGACACCCCCCCACCUUCUACCACCAGCUCCACUCUGGCACCAGAGAGGAAGCAUGAGAACAGGACAGAGUAACUUUUGAAUGAGAUGAAGGAAUCAGAGGUGAAAACUGUACAUUGGGAAUAUAUUUAUGCAAAUUUUAUUGAAAUUUAUUGUAAAUAAAGAUUUUUCUCAGUGGUCUAGAAAAUGAA